CAGUGUUAGCAAGGUGCUAGAAACAAUUAUACUAUACGUAUUUUAUUUCUUGUGCAUUUUUUGUGAUUGCAAGACAUAAAAAAAAUUUAGGUUUAAAAUUUCGCAUUUUGAAGCCUCAGUCGCUGAAAAUUUCGGAAACAUGUUUCGUCUUCUUCUGAUGAUCACAGCACUUCUUGCGCUGAUCGACGCGCAGAUCCAAAGAAUUCCAUUAUACAAAAUGGAUUCUACUGAAAAAACUUUGAGAAAAAUGGAUAUUGACUCGAAACAUUUGGAUUCGACAUAUGGAUGCGGAGGCGGGUGUGGAUGCGGAUGCGGAUGCGGAUGUGGAUGUGGAUGUGGAUGCGGGUGCGGAUGUGGAUGCGGAUGCAAAAAUAAUACAUGCUCAAUUUCAACGGUAGAUUUGACCAAUUAUCAAAACCAGGAGUACUAUGGUAGAAUCAGUAUCGGAACUCCACCGCAAAACUUUACAGUAUUAUUUGACACUGGUUCCUCAAAUCUUUGGGUACCAUCCACUAAGUGCAGCGAAACCAACGUUGCUUGCUCAUUACAUAAUAAAUAUGAUAAUACAAAAUCUGAAACAUUCAAAGCGAAUGGUACUCUAUUUUCUAUUCAGUAUCUCACUGGUGGCAGUGUGUUUGGAUUCUUAUCGGUUGAUGUAGUAAAUGUUGCCGGUCUCGCUGUUAAACAGCAAACAUUUGCGCAAGCGAUUGACGAGGUAGGCGUGACAUUUGUUGUUGCGAAGUAUGACGGUAUCUUGGGUCUGGGCUUUAAAAACACAUCCGUCGAUGGAGUGACGCCAGUUUUUUACAAUAUACUUCAACAAAAGCUCGUGUCACAACCUGUUUUCAGCUUUUAUUUGAAUCCAAAUCCUUCAGCCAAAAUAGGUGGUGAAUUGAUAUUAGGUGGUACAGAUUCCGCUCAUUACGACGGCGAUUUCACAUAUAUUAAUAUUAGUCGUGCAGGCUACUGGCAAGUUCGUAUGGAAAGGAUCAGAAUACUUAAGACUGAAAGCAAACCAGGUGAAACAAUAUGCGGACGUAGCUGUCAAGCUCUCGUUGGUACAGGUACCGCACUAAUAGUUGGACCAAAAUCGGAAAUCGACAUUAUUAACAAACAUAUUGGAGUUACACUUGAUAGUAAUGGAAAUGCAAUAGUGAAUUGCAAUAAUAUUAAAAAUUUGCCCGUAAUUCGUUUUAUUAUGCAAAAUACGAGAUUCCCUCUUACCGGUAAGGAAUACAUCCUUAAGGAAAAAGAUGAAAACGGCAACACGAUAUGUUUGAGCGGUUUCUCAGGAUAUAAUUCAUCACUAUGGAUUCUGGGCGAUGUAUUUCUUCGCCGAUAUUACACAGUGUUUGAUCUGGAACAUACUCGAGUGGGAUUUGCUCGUGCAAAAUAAAUGAUUAUCUUCUUAGGAAGUUAUCAUUAAAAAACAUUAAAUACGCAGAUAUAUGUAAUAUUUUCGAAAAUUAAAACAAAGAUGCGAUAUCCUUUAGUAAUCUGAGAUAUGUUUUUCAUCAGUAUAUAAUAUCGUGUGAGAUGUAUUUUAUUUAAAUAUAAAUAAAUCUGUUAAAAAAGAAA